UGGGGGCCCGAGGCGGAAGCGAGGGUUGAGACCCCGCCCCCUGUCUCGUGGGGAGCGUUUCGGUGCUCGUGCUCCGGUCAGUUCCGCGGCGGAAGAUGUUGGAGACUCUGCGCGAGCGGCUCCUGAGCGUCCAGCAGGACCUCGCUUCCGGGUUGAAGACUUUGGGUGACAAAUCGAGAGAAGUCAAAGAAAGCAAACAGAGGAGUGUUGAGUUUUUGCCAAAGUUUUCUGCUGGACUGGAAUUACUCAGCAGGUAUGAAGAUAUGUGGGCAGCCCUUCAUAGAGGAGCCAAGGAAUGUGCAAAGGCUGGAGAGCUGGUUGAUAGUGAAGUUGUGAUGCUUUCUGCACACUGGGAGAAGAAGAGGAGUAGUCUGAUAGAACUGCAGGAACAGCUCCAGCAAAUUCCAGGGUUUUUAGCAGAUCUGGAAUCCAUGACAACAAGUCUGGCCCAGCUAGAGGCAAACUUUGAGGAAAUGGAGAACCAUCUAUUGCGUCUUGAAGACCUGUGUGGACAAUGUGAGUUGGAAAGGUAUAAACAUAUACAGGCACUACAGCUGGAAAGCUACAAGAAAACUAAAAGGAAUGAACUUGAAACCUUCAAAGCUGAGCUAGAUGCUGAGCAUGCCCAGAAGGUUUUGGAUAUGGAGCAUACCCAGCAGAUGAAGCUAAGGGAGCGUCAGAAGUUCUUUGAAGAAGCCUUCCAGCAAGAUAUGGAGCAGUACCUUUCCACAGGAUACCUGCAGAUAGCAGAGAGACGAGAACCAAUAGGCAGUAUGUCUUCCAUGGAAGUGAAUGUGGACAUGCUGGAACAGAUGGAUCUCAUGGACAUGUCUGACCAAGAAGCACUAGAUGUCUUCUUGAACUCAGGAGGAGAAGACAAUAGUAUGCUUUCGCCAGUGUUGGGGCCUGACUCAGAUACCUACCCAACUGAAAUAAGUCUUCCGGUUCCAAGCCAGUCUGAAUUAAGGCAAAAAUGGUCUUCAUUAUCAUCAACCUGCACCGACUCUGCCAGCCAAGAUGCAAGUGAAGGAGAGUCUCCUGUUAUCCAGUCUGAUGAAGAGGAAAUUCAAGUGGACACAGCCCUUGCUGCUGUAAAUACUGAGAGAAAGAGCACUUCAGAUGGUAGUGAUGAAAGUGACUCUCAGACUGUCUGAAUCCAUAUACUGUGUCCUCUAAGAAUAUUUGACUGAUGGAUGGAUGGAUGAAUGAAGAGCUUGCCUGUGUAGCACUUUCCUAUCUAAUCAUGAAAGCCAGAUCUUUUUACUAAUAAUACAAAAUUUCUACUAGUUUCCCUGUCGAGUAGAAUUUGGUUAUUAAAAAGUUACUUAACUCACAUUUUUAACAGUAGGAUCUUGGGGUGUUGGAGCAGGUAAAGCUUUGUAUAUACUGUGUAUAGAAUCAAAGGGCAGACUUAAGUUAAGCAAUUCAAAGAUUACUGGUCAACAUACCUUUAGUUCUUUAACGCUGAUGUACAACACUGAAACCAAGUUGUUCCUUAAAGUCUGCAUGUUUCCUCUGCUGCAACUGAAAACUUGAGCAGCAUGCCAGUUUUCCUUUUGGUUUCAAACCCUCACCCUUCUGCAGUGAUUCAACAGUGGCAGUAUCUAACUCUCCCACAGGACUUUAGCUACACUAGGUGAUGAUAAAAUGAAAUCAAUAGGCACUUGUCAAGGGAUGGGAGUUGCACAUUGAAAUUUCACCCUCCUGUUGGAGCAACCAUCUCAGUACUUGUAUAAACUUGCUCCCUUCCUGAAAUAAAAGUAUUACUACCCCAA